UCUCUGAGCUUGAGAGAGAGAGGAAUGGCGUCGGGGAUUCAGAUGGAUCAAGAGACCGCGCUGGAGCUGGUGAAGAAGGGGGCUACUCUCCUCCUCCUCGACGUCCCCCAGUUCACCCUGUUCGGCAUCGACACCCUGAUGUUCUCUGUGGGUCCAAAUUUCAAAGGCAUGAAGAUGAUCCCACCUGGUCCACAUUUUGUCUAUUAUAGUUCAGCGAAUAAGGAAGGAAAUGAAUUCUCUCCGACAAUUGGCUUCUUUAUCACUACAAGUUACUCUGAGGUAGUUGUUCGUAGAUGGCAUUGCCAAGAUGAGCGCUUGGUGAAAAUUUCAGAGGAUGAGGAGUGUAGGUAUUCUGAAGCAGUGAAACAUAUGGAGUUUGAUAACCAACUUGGACCUUAUGCUUUGGAUCACUUUGUAGAGUGGAAGCGGCUGUCUAGUUACAUCACGAAUACUGCUAUUGAACGGCUUGAACCUAUUGGAGGAGAUAUUACAAUUGCUUGUGAAUCUGGAUUGAUCCCAGAUGUUCCAAGAACAGUUAUGGAGAAACAAUUGAUGGAGCAAUUAAAUAGCAGCAAGUUUUCCAGGACUACCCCAAAAGAUUCACACAGACAUAAAUGCUACUAUACAAAAAUUUCCCAAAUUGUUAAGCGUAAGGAUAUUUCUGGUGAAGAGCUUACUGCAAUGAACCUUGACAAAGUAAGGUCCUUACUUUAAUUUUGAAAGUUGAGUAUUCUAUGAUAUUUUUCUUGAUUUCAUGAACAUUCGAAACAGAUCCAAUGUUUAUAUGGUUUUGUGGU